AUGUUAAUCAACAUGAGGAACUUCACAGAGUUCCUGCUGACAGGAUUCUCUGGUGACUGGGUGCUGCAGAAGGUGUACGCCACGCUCUUCUCCCUGGUUUACCUUGCAGCUCUGACGGGGAACCUCCUCAUUAUCGCCCUCACCACCAUCGACCAGCACCUCCAAUCUCCCUUGUACUUCUUCCUGAAGAACCUGUCCUUCAUCGAUAUCUGCUACAUCUCUGUCACUGUCCCCAGGUCCAUCGGGAACUGUCUGAUGAACGUCUACUCUAUCUCCUUCCUGGGCUGUGCCUUGCAGGUCUUCCUUUUGUUUGUCUUUGGUGGCACAGAGUAUGCCCUCCUUCUGGUGAUGUCCUAUGACCGCUAUGCUGCCAUCUGCCACCCUCUGCACUACGAGGCUGUCAUGAAUAGGGGCAGCUGCACGCGGAUGGUGGCGGCCUCCUGGCUGGCCGGGUGCUUCUACGGAACCGUUCAUGUGGCAGGUACAUUCUCUAUCCAUUUCUGUGAGGACAACCAGGUGCACCAGUUCUUCUGUGAGGCCCCAUUACUUCUAAACCUUUCCUGUCCUGGGGAGCCCAUUCUUGAAUAUAAGCUGAUCAUUGCUAGCUGUGUGUUUCUGUUCAUGUGUUUUAUCGUGAUGCUUGUGUCUUAUGUUCACAUUUUCUCUGCUGUUCUGAAAAUCCCAUCUUCAAAGGGCAGAGUGAAAACUCUUUCCACCUGCCUGCCCCACAUUGCCGUGGUGAUGCUGUUCCUCUUUUCUGGGUCCGUUACAUAUUUAGCUGAAAAUUUUAUAACUUCAUCAUCCCUGAAAGUAUUGACAUCGGUGUUUUACACGGUCUUACCCCCUACGGUGAAUCCUGUCAUCUACAGCCUGAGAAACCAGGAUCUGCAGGCUGCCUUGGGGAACAUGAUAGCUGGGAAAAUGUUAGGCUUUUCAUUUCAGCUAAGAUGUAAAGUUUAA